AACUGCUUCCAUUUCAUAAUUUUGAUCCACACCGCCAUGUAUGCACCCUCCAACACCGGAUCAACCCUCCCCUCUCCUUCCCCUCUAAUGCACCACAGCUUCCCUGAACUCACCGAGUUUGAGACUCUCUCCCAACUCAACAACUCGGAGACGAGUUACUACUACAACAGCCAUAGUUGUGGCAGUGGUUAUAGCAGCUAUGGUGGGUCACCCAUUUCUCUGGCGAGUCCCACUUUGAUGCAGAGAAGUGUUAGCAGCCAUUCCCUCCAAUUCCAUCAUCACAAUAGUGGCACCCACCACCCCUUCACUGCUCUAUUCGCUGAGCUCCUUGACUCCGACGACGCCCCCGUCAGAAGAACUUCCAGUACUGGUGAUCUGCAGGGGGUUAAUGGAAUGCAACAGAAUCAUCACUUGGAUAGUCCAUUGUCAAGCGAGAGCAGUAUGAUCAUCGAAGGGAUGAGCAGAGCCUGUAGAUAUAGUCCGGAGGAGAAGAAGGUCAGAAUUGAGAGAUACAGAAGCAAGAGGAACCAGAGGAACUUCAACAAGAAAAUUAAGUAUGCAUGCAGGAAGACAUUGGCAGACAGCAGGCCACGCAUUAGAGGACGGUUUGCGAGAAAUGAUGAAACAGAGAAGAACACUACAAUUCAGUGGAGCCAAAUUGGUGGUGGAGAGGAAGAGGAUGAGGAAGAUGAGAAUUGGGUCAGUGUCUUAGAUUCCAUAGUUGCUGCUAAUCUUGUUCAGGAGUCUCAAGGCAGUUCCUCUUAUGGUUUAUUAUAUUAG